UAUAUCCUUCCUGGAAAUUCACACCUUCCCAGCAGGAUUGUUAAAGAAGAAAGAGUCAUUUUUAAUCACCAGAAACAAGAGUUUAUGCUAAAGCUUUUUGCUUGCAAAAGACAUGUCAAGUGCUAUCGUGAGAAGGAACUCCAGCAAGAUAGGUUUGCAAAACCUCUUAAGGCUGACAGCUCAGAGGAGUAUUGAAGAUGAGGAGGAGAUAGCAAGAGAGCGUCGUCGCAGGGCUCGAGAGGGGUUAGGAAGCCAGAGCAGCUUCUCCAGCACCAGCCUCACUUCCCCUGAUAAUGCCUCACCAGAAGAGGAUGGCCUGCUUGAUUGUGAGUUCAAGCCUUCUUACCCAGUAGCCGUGGAGGAAGACGAGGGCUUCAGUGACUGGACCCAGAAGCUGGAGCGUCGCAGGCAAAAACGCUUAGAGGAGCAAGUCCAAGGGGAGGAAGACAGUCUGAGCGAAGCAAAGCUGGUGCCAGCACAGAGCCAGAGGAAACUGGACGAGCAGAAGGAACUGGAAGAGGAAUGGGAGAGGAAGGAGAAAGACAGACGGGAUCUGAGCCAGAGGAAACUGGAUGAGCAGAAGGAACUGGAAGAGGAAUGGGAGAGGAAGGAGAAAGACAGGCGGGAUCUGAGCCAGAGGAAACUGGAUGAGCAGAAGGAACUGGAAGAGGAAUGGGAGAGGAAGGAGAAAGACAGGAGGGAGCUGCAUGAAAAACUGCAACGAGAGGAGACCGAGCAAAGACAACAAGAGAAGGAGAAGGGUAGGUUGAUGAAAGAGGAAGACAGGAGGAAUGCAGCGCUCAAGAAGAAAGAAGAGGAACACAGAAGGGAAAUGGAAGAAAAGGUUAAAGAGAAGGAUGGCGAGGUAAAGGUUUCGUACACAUCUAGAGCCUUCCUGCAGCAGGAAGUCAUACAUAUCAAUAGCAACGGCAAUGCAACUGAAAAGAAAGUGACAUUGCAUCUUACUUCACCUAAAAGGAUACUAAGGACCACUAGCCAGUCCCAGGUAGAUGACGAUGAGCAGGACGUGUUCACCGAGACAGAGCAGAAGCUGGAGAAGAUCCGGCGCAGCCACGAGGAGAAGGAGAGCCAGGAGUACGAGUGGCUGCGGCAGAAGCAGGCGGAGGCCGAGGUGGAGCUGGAGGAGCUGAAUAAGAGGAGGGAGGAGCGGCGGCGCCUGAGAGAGGAAGAGGAGCGCCGACAGGAGCAAGAGGAACUCGAGAGGAAGGCCAAGGAAGAGGCUCGUCUGUUGCAGGAGGAGAAAAGACGAAUGAAAGAGGAGAUUGAGAGACGAAGGAUGCAGGCGGCAGAGAAGAGGCAGAAGACUCUGAGCACCUCAAGCUGUGAGGGAGACGAGCCCUUCAGUCCUCUGAGCCCCAAGAGCCCAACCUUCAAGAAUGAGAAUGCGGAGAGAGUAACGGCAGGAAAUACCCACUCGAUUAUCGAGAGAACAGAUUCUUUAAAUCGCUCUCUGAAAAAAAGUAACAGUUUUAAGAAGAUACAGCCCCAGGUGCCCAUCUCCAAAAUUGACAACAGACUGGAGCAGUACACUCAUGCCAUAGAGAUUUCUACCAAGGAAUCUAGAGCAGCCAAACAAUCCCUCAUGGACAUUCCUCCGACUGCUGAACUGGUGGCCUCUAAGAAGAGCCUGUGGGAGGGAGGUGAAGCCUUGAGUCCUUCUUCCUCCAAAGGAACCCCAUGCAAAGAUACUGAAGGCCUGAAAAUUGGAGUGUCAGACCUCAUUACUCAGUGGGUGAAAGGAACCCCAGACAAGAACACUCCCUCCAAACCAUCUGAUGUAAUGGCAGGCGAUGUAUUAAACAAAAAGAACAUAUGGGAAAAUAAAAUAGAUUCAACUCCCUCGGCUAAUAAAGGAGCAGCACUGAAAAGCACACCAUCUGGUAAAAGGUACAAAUUUAUUGUGAGUGGACAUGGCAAAUAUGAGAAAGUUCCAAUCAGUGAUGACAAUCAUGCUGAAUAUACAAAUGAAAACAUUUUGAAGAGGACCGCAUCCCACAUCUUGGUUGCCCUUGAAUCUUUGUUUCUCUCUAAAUCCUGGCUUUCACUUUCGUUCUCCCCUGAUGGAGCAUACCACGAAGAAUCUUGAAAAUGUACUGUAACCGAUGUCUUUUUCUUUUUUAAUUUAUGAACUGUCGCAGGUGGUUGUUGUAGCUGAUAUUAUCCACACUAUUGCUACCUUGUCUUAAGUGAUACAUAAUCUUACUUGUCUUUAACAGCUUACUUUGUUAUAGAAUCUCUAAAAUAAUCAAGAUAAUGAUUUGAAUCUCAGUUACUGAAAAAAUAAUUAAUAUGUUUGCUGAAUAACAAUGCUAGGGUUUAUUUUUGUUUUGGUUUUUUCCAUCAUUAUACAUUGGCAUGAAUAUAUAGUGGGUUUUUGUAACUUUUAAAAUACAAAAAUAAACAGCUUAAAAAAAAAAAAGUUUUAAUAAUUGUACCUAACAUAUCUUAUUUUUACUUUUUGUAUUGAAUCUGUUCUUGUAAUUGCAUUGUCUUAAUAUAAAUGCAAUGUCUAUUUCUAAAUGUUAUACUGUACAACAAAAAGCUUUAAAUGCUUUCUUGGCUAAUACUAUAUUAUCCAAAGGAUGUGCACUAGCACCAUCAACACACAUAUAGCCUACAGUAAUACAGUGUAUUAAGUAUCACAAGUUUCAUAUUUUGACAACAUAUUCUACUAUAGUUAAUACUGGCUUUGUAUCAGAUUUACAAUGGUGCACGAAGUACUGAAUGUAAAAACAAGCACAAGCAAACAAAAAUAAUUGUGUUGGAUUGUUGCUUUAAUACUUUAGUUAGAGAACGGUACAUUACAAUAUUACAGUUAGGCAUUAUUAGGACCUGGUGUUUAAUGGAUCCUCUCAAGCAUUUUGUAGAGAUCAGGUAAGAACUGCUUUUCCUGUUCGCCUUAGCAAAAUAAGUUGCCACUGUAUUCUGUGUUCUUACUUUGAAUGUCUAUUAUAUACGCUGUAUGAUUUUGUUUCUUAAAAAAAUAAAGAAUGUAAAGUUUCAUAUUAA